AUGCUCCAUCUUUCUCUCCUUUAUUUAGGAACCGUUCCAAAAAUAUAUCAGAACCUGGAAGAAAACGAUGAGCUUUACUUCAUAGAGACAUUGAAAACAGAGAAUUUGCUCCAAAAUUUCACACAGCUACUACUUCUACAAAAACCUUGCCCAAGAGGCUGGAAGACUUUGGACAGAAAAAGCUGGCAUCAAUGUGUAGCAGAGGAGAGAGGACAUCUGAUUGAGAUCCAAGACUUAUUUAAGCCAAACCCGGAUACCCAGGAAGAGCCUCAACUAGUCAUAUUAGAGGGGGCUGCUGGGAUUGGGAAGUCAACACUGGCCAGGCAGGUGAGGAGAGCAUGGGAGGAAGGCCAGCUCUACAGGAAUCGCUUCCAGCAUGUCUUCUACUUCAGCUGCAGAGAGCUGGCCCAGUGCAAACAGCUGAGUCUGGCUGAGCUCAUAGCAAAAGACCAGACUGUGCCUGUAGCUCCCAUCAGGAAGAUUCUGUCUCAGCCCAAGAAGCUGCUCUUCAUUCUGGAUGGUAUAGAUGAGCCAGCAUGGGUCUUGAAGGAGCAGAAUCCUCAGCUCUGUCUGCACUGGAGCCAGCCACAGCCUGUGCACAGACUGCUGGGCAGUUUGCUGAGGAAAUCCAUGCUUCCUGGGGCUUCCUUGCUACUCACAGCUAGGACCACAGCUCUCCAGAAAUUUAUUCCUUCCUUGUGGCAGCCACGUUGGGUGGAAGUCCUGGGUUUCUCUGAGUCUGGAUGGAAGGAAUAUUUCAACAAAUAUUUUUCAGAGAAAAGCGAAGCAAUUACAGCUUUUAGCUUGGUUGACUCAAACCCAGUUCUCUCAACACUGUGUCUGGUGCCCUGGGUAUCCUGGCUGGUCUGCACUUGCCUGAAGCAGCAGAUGGAGCAGGGAAGAGACCUCUCACUGACCUCACAGACCACCACAGCUCUCUGCCUGAAAUACCUUUCCCAGACUCUCCCAAAUCAUGCCCUAGGGACCCAUCUAAGAGUUCUCUGCUCACUGGCUGCUGAGGGGAUCUGCAGAAGAAGGACCCUGUUCAGUAAGAGAGAUCUCUAUGAGCAAGGGUUAUCUGAGGAUGUCAUUGCCACUUUCCUAAAGAUGGGUGUCCUUCAAAAGCAACCCAGCUCUCAGAACUAUAGCUUUGCCCAAUUGUGUCUCCAGGAGUUCUUUGCAGCAAUGUCCUGCAUCUUGGGGAAUAAUGAGGAGAAAUGCAGUGAUAUGGAAAACUACAGAGUUGUGGAAACACUGAUAGAAGUGUAUGGAAGACAAGACCUGUUUGAGGCACCCACCAUACGCUUCCUGUUUGGCCUUUUGAGUGAACAAGGUGUGAAUGAAAUGGAGAAGAUCUUCACCACCCACUUGCCUCUGAACACCAUAUGGGAAAUUCUGGAUAAAGCCAGGGCAUUGCCCCAGCACCAGCAUCUCUAUUCUCUGGGGUUGUUUCAUUGUUUGUAUGAGAUUCAGAAAGAAGAGCUCCUAACACAGGUGAUGCACAAUCUUAAAAGAGAAAAGGCGUGUGACCCGACAGAUAUGACACACCCAGGGUUCCAGACAAAUGUGAAGCACCUGGUGAUCCAGACAGAUGUAGAACUCAUGGUAGUCACUUUCUGUAUUAAGUACUGCCACCAUGUGAAGAGGCUUCAGCUGAAUGGGGGUGGACAGCAUGGACAAAAACCAAUGGCCCCGAGGAUGGUUCUGUCCAGGUGGAUCCCUAUCACGGAUACCAGUUGGAAGAUUCUCUUCUCCACUCUUGAGUUCACAGGAACCCUGGAGGAGUUGGACCUAAGUGGAAAUCCAGUGAGCCUCUUUGCACUGUGGAGUCUUCGUAGGACCCUGAGAUGCUCUGGAUGUCAUCUUAGGACAUUGUGGCUUGUCAACUGUGGCCUCACAUCCAGCCACUGUGUGGUCCUGGCCUCUCUGCUCAGGGCCAGCUCCAGCCUGGCUGAGCUAGACCUACAGCUGAAUGACCUGGGCAACCAUGGUGUGAGACUUCUAUGUGAAGAGCUCAGGAAUCCUGCCUGCAAACUCAGAAUCCUGCGACUAGACAAGGCUCCUCUGAGUGACCAGGUAAUGAAGAAGCUCAGGGCCCUGGAGGCAAAGAAUCCACAGCUGCUCAUCUCCAGCACAUGGAAGCCACAUGUGAUGGAUCCUUCAAAGAACAUGGAUGGAGAAGAAAUGGAUGAUAAUCCAAACUCAUUUAAGUGGCAGAGACUACAGGCAGAGCCCUUCCAUCCAUCUCCACCGGACUCCCCAAGAGACAAGCACCUGGAACCACUGGGGACUGAAGAUGACUUCUGGGGCCCUACAGGACCUGUGGCUACUGAGGUGGUUGACAGAGAGAGCAACCUGUACCGAGUUCAGUUCCCUGUGCCUGGUUCCUACCACUGUCCAAACACAGGACUCCGCUUUGUGGUGAGAAGAGCAGUGACUAUCGAGAUUGGAUUCUGUUCCUGGAGCCAACACCUGGACAAGACUCCCUUGCAGCACAGUCACAUGGUGGCUGGGCCUCUGUUUGACAUCAAGGCUGAGCAGGGAGCUGUGACUGCUGUGUACCUCCCUCAUUUUGUGGCUCUCCAAGAGGGACAGGUGGACGUCUCCUGGUUCAGUGUGGCCCACUUUCAAGACCAUGGGAUGGUCCUAGAAACACCCAACAGAGUGGAGCAGCAUUACACAGUGCUUGAAAACCCAACCUUCUCCCCAGUGGGAGUCCUACUGAGAAUGAUCCCUGCGGUCAGGCUCUUCAUCCCCAUCACUUCCAUCACAUUGAUCUACUAUCACUUCAAUCUCAAGGAAGUCACCCUUCAUCUCUACCUGAUCCCCAAUGACUGCACCAUUCGGAAGGCCAUUGAUGAUGAAGAAAUGAAAUUUCAGUUUGUUCGAAUAAACAAGCCACCCCCACUAGACUCUCUUUAUAUUGGAUCCCGCUACACAGUGUCUGCUUCUAAGAAGCUGGAAAUCAUCCCAAAGGAACUAGAGCUGUGCUACCGGAGCCCUGGAGAAUCCCAGCUCUUCUCUGAGAUCUAUGCUGGCCACAUGAGUUCAGACAUUAAGCUGAAAAUCAGAGACAAGAAACAUAUGAAUCUCAUAUGGAAAGCCCUGCUGAAACCAGAGGACCUCAGAUCUGCACUGCCCAUGAUUCCUGCAGCCCACAAAGAUGCCCCUGCCUUGCUACACUUCGUGGACCAGCAUCGGGAGCAGCUGGUAGCCCGAGUAACGUCAGUGGACCCUGUCUUGGACAAACUGCAUGGUGCUGUGCUGAGUGAAGAGGAAUAUGAGGCGGUACGAGCUGAGGCUACCAACCAAGACAAGAUGAGGAAGCUCUUCAGCUUCAGCAGGUCCUGGACCAGGGCCUGCAAAGACCGAGUCUACCAAGCUCUGAAGGAAAUCCAUCCUCACCUGAUCAUGGACCUCUUUGAAAAGUCAGGCGGGAUCUCUGUGGGAUCUUGACAUCUUAGUGCCUGAGAGGCAAGUACUCUCCUUUGAGUCCUGGCUCUGCCUGACAUUCCUUUGGUCCUCAGUUUGUCUAUAAACCAGUGGCCAUCUGAGUUGCCUUUUUGAUGGCACUAUUUCCAGGACACCCCUUGGGGACCCAGAUGUUCCCCCUUGGCCUUCUGCAGCCAGAUGUUCACAUGGGAUGAGCAUCUCAGAAAACUUCCAGUGGAGCCAGCAAGUCUACUCAGGCCCUGUCGAGCCUGCUCUCAUGGCCUGAGUGGCCCAGCUUGUGCCCAUCUGACCCACCGUGAUACAGGCAGGACUGGGAGUGUAGGAAUGGACACAAGGAGAUGGUCCUU